UUCAAGGAACACUCAGACAACAAUGUUUUCUAUAAAUUCAACAAAAUGAAAGAUGGCGGAAUUUCUACAACAAAAUCUGAUAGUUAUAUUUUUGCUAUAGAAAAUAAUUCUAUUCCAAUAUGUUUUGAUCCAUUGGCUGGUGAAGAUGGAAGGAAGUUAUUAUUUAUACCUAAAGCAAGAAGACGAGGGCCUUUAAGUAUUGAUGAAAUAAAUGAAUGUAGAUAUGAUCCAAAAUGGAAGAUUAAAAGGUGCUUUUUCUAUUCAAUAUUUUGGUUUGGCUGGAUUUUCUCACUUCUAAUCGCCAUAUUGAUAACCUUUUCUCACCCAAAAUGUGAAUUUACAACGAGAGAGUGGUGGAAAGAUUCAAUAAUAUAUGAGAUUUGGACACUUUCUUUUUCUGAUUCAAAUUCCGAUAAAAUUGGUGAUUUUAUUGGAAUAAUUCAAAAAUUGGAUUAUUUACGACGUUUGGGUGUUGGAGCAAUAUUUUUACGUCCAAUUAUGCGUGUUGAAAAGAGUGGAUUAGGUGUUAUUGAAUAUAAUAAAUUGGCAAGUAAAAUUGGAAAUUUUGAACAAUUUAAUGAAUUAAUAAUAAAGGCACAUAAAAAAGCACUUACACAAAAUCUCACCAAAAAUAAACGCACAAACAAAAUUCAAAGAAUUAAACAAAUCCACAUUUUCAAAACAGGAAUUCGUGUUCUCAUCGAUUUUCCCCUUGUUCUAACUUCAAUUUCAAAUCCUUGGUUUGAUAAAAGUGCUUUAGCUUCAGCCCAUCCAGAAGAUGCUCAUUUUGCUGAUUUUUUUAUUUGGAGAAGGGGAAUACCAAAUUCAGAAUUUAUUUCAGAAUAUUGUGGUUCUACACUAAAAUAUUUUCAUGUUAAAGACCGUCCGGAUUUGCCUGUUUUACAUUGGACAAAUAAAAAUGUUUCUGAUACAAUUAAGGCAGCUUUAAGCUUUUGGAUUAAUAAAGGAAUUGAUGGAUUUCAUUUUUCCUCAAUAGAAUAUUUAUAUAGAAGUGAAGAUGGAAAAGAUCCAAAUUGGGAAAAAAUCGCAAAAAUAUUACGUUCAUUAAGAAUAUUUUUAGAUGAUGAAAGAGGAGGAGGAAGUGCUAGAGAAAAAAUCUUUCUUUUUGCUUCCCACGCCCAUUUAUCAGAAGCUUCAAAACGGUUACUAAUAGAACAUGCUUCACUUAAUUUAAUUGUAAAUACAGAAUUACAAAGUUUAGCUUCUGGAAAUUUAAUAUGUUCAUCAAAAAAUAAGGGAAAUAAUAUCGGGGAAUGUGCUAAUGAAAUUAUAGCAGAUUUAUUAAUUUUUCAUAAAAAUGAUGAAGAAAGAAGUGCUACUGGUUUAGUGGAGAAGGAUGAAGAUCGAGUAAAGGUCUGGCCUGUUUGGAAUUUUGGAAACGCCUUCACACCACGUUUAGCUUCCAGAGUUGACAGUCGAAUAAUUGCAGAAAUUUUAAUUCAACUAAUUUUAAUUUUGCCUGGAACGCCGUUGUUGUAUUAUGGAGAAGAAAUUGGCCAAAAAGAUUUGAGUAGAGGGAAGUUCCCCCAACGAGGCCCUCUUGGCUGGAAUAUUGAUGAAAUUGAAGAAGAAAACCCCCAUUUCUCUUCAACAAAUAAUACCAAUAUUACUACAACACCUCCCAGCUUGAAUAAACCCAAGGCCAACCAAAUAUCUCAAAACAUUUUUCGCAAUUUUUUGAGGCUUUCAAAUUUACGAAAAUAUAGUAAUUCUUUACGUUAUGGCAAUGUUUAUAUUACUAAACCUAUGGAACAUGAUGCUUUUUUGCUUUGUAGAUAUAUUGAAAAUAAUAGAGAAAAUGAUAGAAAAUUUUAUGGAGAGAUAACAAUUUUUGCUGCAAAUUUUGGCUCAAUAACUCGUAUUCUACCUCUAUCACAACUUUUUCCCCUCUUUCAACAAAAUAGCAAAAAUCAAAAAUGGCAUGGAAGGGUUAUUGCAAAUUCUAUAAAUGCUUUAGAGGAUUACCCAAUAAAUUCUUUUUUGGAUUUGACUAGAAAAAAAUUAAUUAGAUUAGGACCUAUGCAAUCAAUUGUGAUACAAGCAUUUAAUGGCUAUUUUUAGAAGAGAAAGGAAAUUCACUUUUUGUUCAAUUUAGAGGAGAGCUUUUCCCUUUAGAAAAUUUAUUUUUUUCAGGUUUUUUUAAAAUUUUUUAAAGACCUCUUUCUCUCUUUCAAUUUUUUUCUUUAAAAACUAGUCUUGUAUUUUAGCUUUAUUUCUUAUAGGAUUUUUCCCCCUGUCUACGAAAGUUUGGGGAAAAAUUUUUUUAUCCUUCGUUUUUUGGUCCCUUUUUCCUAGUCUCGCACUCUCCCCUAAAGACUUUGCCUUCCAAAAAUUUUGCCCGUUCUCCCUUCGUCGGAGAAAAAUCCUAGCACAAAUUUUUUUUGAAAAUUCUCGUUCCACUCUCUCCAUCCUGGUCCUGGUUUCCUUCCCAAAUUUUGCUUUUUCUGCUUUCUCAAAAUUUUGCCUCUUGGCCCGUGGAAUAACCCUAAUUAUUCUAUUUAGCAAUUAUCUUGUGUCGCUAAAAAUUUUUGCG